AUGCAUAAUGGCUACUUAGGUGGUUGGCCUCCACGGGUCCCCACUUCGCCUGAUACUACCACCAUGUCCGAUCCUUUAGCUGGACCACAGUCUUCUUGCACAACUUCCCUUGCUGGCCGUUCUCCUACUUCUAUUUCUUCUUCUUCUAAUAAAAAUAACUUACCUAAUCCAACGGAUACAAUCAACAGUCAACCAGAUGGUAUAUGUUGUGUCCAGCAGAAUUCUGGAACAGCUAAAGCUAAAGCUACGCUCCAGCCUACACCUACAGAAACCAUUGAACCAUCAAUAUCGGAUACAGUACGGCCCCAUGCUAAAAGGCAGCUCUCUCGGUCUUUCUCUGCAACUUUGAUUAAAACUGAUCCUAUAACCUUGCGGAAUACGGUAUCAGGAGGCUUACUAAGUUCGCCCAUCUCGGUCCCGCCUGGUGCAUUCCACCCUUAUUGCAGCGCCUCAUUCUUACCAAGUACGAUUCGCCCUCACGCACAAUCAACACCGCCAUCAGGUGGUAUUACUACACCUUCCUCUGUAGAUGCUAUCGCGAGACAUAACUUUGCAUCAGGAACAAUAUCUGAAAGUCCUACUGUGCCUCCUGCUCUCUCUGGCAAUAAUAAUGGCAGUCAAAUGAAGAGAUCACAGUCUCCGGAGCUUAUGCGACCUCUUUAUCAUUCUUUUUCAAAUGUGAGCAUGAUGCCGCCACCACGCUCUAUAUCUUUUGCGGGAACCUCUAGCCGACCUGUCUAUUCAUCAGUGCCGUUCGCUAAGUUACCUGCAGAUAUCAAUAACAGCCCACCCCUGUUUACGACAAACACGCGAAAAGGUCAAAUAGUAGGAAAUAAAACACCUAAGAAAGGGAUCAAAAACAGGUUUAGAAAGCUUCGAAGAAAACAAGGAUCGAGUUCGCGUGAUAAUGGUGGAGUAAAUGCCUUCAUCACAAGUGGAGAAAGUGACUCGGAGGCUACAUUUGAACCUGAAUCAGAUCUCAUAUCUAAUGUUGGAGGCAUCACACAUAGAUUUCCAUCAGCACCAGAAAGCAAAAAAGCCUCAUUGUCUACACGCUCGAAACUAAAGUAUACCGACUCUGGUCUCCCACCACAACUCCCACCACGAAACGGCCCCAGCAGCAUUAUAACUCACUUCAACAAUGGGCAAGGCCCAGUAACGCAAGGUAAAGGCGGUAGCUUGUCUGGAUCAGAGCAAGGGCACGAAAAUAAUAAAGCAGUACGUUUAUUAUUAAAGAGCGUGGGCUUCUCAAAUCAGCAUUCAACUGCGCCCCUCUCAACCGCACCAUCUGCUCGAGAUCUGCAUGGGACUCAAAACGGUGUCAUGAAACCAAUACAAACUCGUAGUACAUUCCCCUUAUUUGGAGACUUCCUUUCGGGAGAUGAUCAACCCUCGACUUCCAAAGGCUUCAAGCUGAAGGGUUCAGGGCGGCGUAAGAGGCGCUUCACAAAAAAAACUCACUCUGUUGCCACCGGAAUGUUUACUCCUUUCGCGACAGCUGCUACAGAUGACGAAGACUCAUCAACAUCCCGGUCGAGCCGUCACCGUCACCAUCAUGGGUUUCUCCAUAGCUUCCACCACCGCCAUCGUAGUCGGUCUGUCGGAGAAGAAGUUCGCCAUCAGAUACCGGUGACCUGGUGCCUGGAAGCACUCAUUUCGCCUGCACUAAAGGAAGCACGUCAGGCGAACCCAGAUCCAAACUUGCUCUUGGUGGAAUUAGAACCAUUACCAACUAGCUUUGUCAAUGCCUUUGCAACGCUAUCCGCGUCCAAAACUCGUUUCCAAUCGCAAACGUACCAACAGCAACAUCAUCCAUAUACUCAAAUACAACAAGGCCCUUUGGCACCACAUGUCAUACCAUUUUCUAUCUACAGUACACCUAUUGGUACGCUCACUAAUUACGAGCCUCAAUCAAUGCCUCAGCAGUCGAGAGCGAAUGGCCUGGACAUCAUAGGGACAAAAUCUUUUCUUUUCAGAUCUUAUGAAAACUCAAAGUUCCAAGGAUACUAUAUAUUUCGAGUUCUGGGCAAAAAUGUCGAAUAUAAAAAGCUAUCCUUGAAAUUGGAGCCUGCAUGUGCACAAUAUUUUCGGGAGGCAUAUGUGACCUACCGUGCAUUAGAGAAAAAAGCAAAAACAUUAAGAGAAGAACAAGAACAGAGCCGGAUUGCCUCUUUCUGGCCGAAUGAUGGAGGUCAAGAUGAUACGUCUGAACAACUAGAAACCGGAAUUUUAAGCACUGCCCUCUCUAAGCCAACAAAAGAGUCUGUUCGACUGAGCGGCAGUGAACGAGACAAGCAAAAUCUAGGAGAAAAGAUCGUCAAAUCUGCAUUAGCUUGGGAUCAGACGCGCAUGACAAGCUCAGGAACCCUAAGUGAAAGUCCCAUAGCUUCCCCUGUUGGGAUAUCUUCUGGACGGGCACUUGGGUAUUUGGAUCAGCGGUACAGCCCCAUAAGCAGCAGUAAUUUGUUUCUCAGAGGCAUUGCAGGAACACCUGAUCGGUCUAGAAGCGAUCCUACAGAACACCAUGAGCCACCAUUUUCAGUCCGACAGAUAAGUAAUAACAACAACAAUAAUUUAUCCAAGACAAUACCGUACUCUGCACAGCUCCUCAGCAGGAAAUGGUCGUGGACAAGCGUUAAGGAGCAGCAGCGACUGGAACAGCUACAGCUACAGACAGCCGAAAUUGCCAAAUGGAAAGAGAUGGAGCGAAAAUAUCGCGAGGAAUUUCGACAAGCAACAUUUGGCCUGGAGCUCUAUCUUGGUGAAAUUGCCCGUGGGCUCGAAUACGAAAAAUUCGAUACCGCAGUUGAUGUGUCCAUUAUGAAUGAUAAUCAUGCCACAGCGAUAUUUUCUAUGCUCAAUGGUGAUAGGACUAACAUUAUGUGCCUCGAGUCCCCUUCCGUUAAGCUGAAGUGCGAAUUUAUAAACUGGAUUGCCAUAAGUGUCAUGGACCACGGAGACGUGGAGAGCGACCAUACUAUUGAUUCAUCCAAGCCACAUGGAGGGAUAGGCUUUGAUGCAUUUAUGGAUUCCAAGAAACACCAGUCCGAAAACAUCUCUGAGGAUAUGGAUUUGUUGAUUGAUAUGAUUGAUCUCCGUCUGGCACAACAAGAAGGCAAACUUCAAGCAAGCUAUGCAAAUAUCCAGAACGUAUCACAGCAGAUUGAUAUGUGUCUCGAUAAGUUGAAUAAAUUGGAUGAUGGUGCUAAAAAAUUGAUGACCGCUAUGCUACGAGCGAUCGAUAAUCAAGAGAUUCAGUUAGCCCUUAGGCCAUCACCUUCCACUGGCAAGACGUUAGCCGAAACUGUAAGACGCGAAGCUCAAGGAUGUUAA